AUGCUUUCUGGACACCACAACAGCUCCGGUGAAAGUACCAGCCAGGACUUCAACCUGACUAGGCGGCCGCUGCGCACUCCGCACCGCCUGCAUGGAAAAGAAGCACAAGAACUGGAAGUCUCGGCUAGCCUUACUAGCACGAUCACCGACUUGCUAACCGAGAAGCUAGCGGAGCACAAGGCAGAGUUUUUGGCAGAAGUCAGGGACAUCUACACUAAGUACGAAUCGAAGCUGGAGAAUAUCGAGACGUCUGUCGAUGACCAUGAGCUACGCAUUAUGGGUUUUGAGCAGUUUGCGGACUCUACGAGUACCGACCUCAUGGCUAUGCAGGCUACGCUCACUGCUGUUGUUGCGGAGAAUGCUAAGUUGAGAGCUAAGGUGUCGGACCUCGAGGGGCUCUACGCCAACGGCAUUUUUCUCACAACUGCUCUUCGAUACGCUGGGUCUCGACAUUCUGAAAAUAAAUCUCCCCCGGAGCUGGACAGGGCCCACCGAACGCUCGCUGCUAAACCAGGCCCCUCUGGUAAGCCGCGGCCUGUGGUGAUCUGCUUUCACGAUUUCAAGACACGAGAGUUGGUUGUGCGGGGUGCUCGUAAACUGCGGGGUAAGCUUAAUUAUAACGAUGCCCCUUUCCUAAUUUUUGAAGAGUAUAGCCCCGAGGUUUUAGAGCAGCGCACGCCGUACCGAGACAUUAUGAAGAAGCUAUACGAGAUGGGUCUCAAGCCUGCCCUGCGAUACCCUGCCAGGCUCUUCGUUGUGCUGGACGACGGCACGAAAAAGCUUCUUCCCUCCCUGAAGGAAGCUACCGACUUUGCAGACUCCUGGGCUCGCCAGCACUCUACUUCACCCACGGAGCAGGACUGA